AUGUCAUCUCCUAUCAAGCUGGAGGGCUCGCUGUCUGAGAUGAAACAGGCGGAUGCCCGGCUGCUUGUUUAUGCUAGCCUGUGUCAUGAAGGAAAGAUCGAUAUGGAGAAACUCGCUGGUCUCCUUGGUAUGAAGAAGACCUCGGCAUCCACCAACUACUAUCGUGCCAGAGGUCGCCUUCAAGCCAUUCUUGGUGAGGGAUCGCCUAUCAACUCUACCGCUUCCAAGCCCGAAACUGCUACCAAGUCUGAUCCCGCCGCCAAGUCUGACACCGCUGUCAAGUCUGAGGACCAAAACACUGGUUCCCCAGUCAAGAAGUCGCGCACUCGUAAUCCUGGUGUCGACAAAAAUGCCUCUACCAAGACCGUGCCUGCCAAGCGCCGCAAGGCAGCUGUCAAGGCUGAGUCUGAGCCCACUGAGGAGUCUGCUCAGACCGACAAUGCCGACGACACCGCCAACCUGACCGAGUAG